AUGGCGAGAAUGCCUGGCAGCGCAGACUGCUCUAGUGACACAGCGGGGACAGAGCGGGAGGAGCACAUGAGUUGCCCGGAGACUGAGAGGAGCGGAGAUGAGGAGGAUGAUGAGAUCCAGGAGGUACAGAUCACCGGGGAGGAGUACGGGGAGGAUGAACUGGAGUGGGAGGCAGAGUGCGCAGACCCCAGCAGCUGCUCCGCUAUGGAGACAGAAGCGGUCCUUAUGCGUAGUACGGACCAGUGCAGCGGGUUGGGACCGGGAGCGGACCCUGGACUGUUUCACAUCCCCGGACUGGACUCGGAUCCGGAGGGAGACCUGCAGCCGUCUGACCGCUCCAGACUGAGCGAGAACACCCGCCUGGCUACCAGGUAUGCGGUACGGAUCUUCCGGGAGUACCUGAGCGAGAAAUCCCAAAGUCCUGACUUUGAAACUCUGGACAAGGAGGCGCUGUGCGCGGUCCUGCAGUCCUUCUACGCGGAGGCACGCUCUAAGAGCGGCCAGCUCUAUAGCAAGUCUUCCCUCAUUAGCAUUCGGAGUUCUCUGAACCGCUACCUGAAUGAGCCACCGUACUGUCGCACCCUGGAUCUCACCAAAGACCCGGAGCUACGCAGCGCCAACCUGACCCUGGCCGCGGUCAUCAGAAAGCUGGAGGAGCAGGGUGCUGGUCCCGUGGUGCAGAAACAGGCAAUCACGCGGGCGGACCUGAGAAAACUCUACACCUCCAGUGUUUUUAACAUUGAUACGCCGUUCGGACUGCUCAACAAAGUGUGGUUUGAGACAUGCAUGUAUUUCUGUACGAGGGGGCGAGAGAAUCAGCGCGAGCUGGAGGAGGAUUCAUUCGGCCUGGCCAUAGACGAGAAUGGGAGAAAGUUUAUCUAUUUCAAAGCACUGGGGCCGUAUCACAAGUCUCGCUCCGCGUGUUGGAAUAAAAAGAGACCAGACCCGGAUGAAGAUACUUUGCCGCGCAUGUAUGAGACUGGAACUGAGUUUUGUCCAUAUGCCAGCUUUGUAAGGUAUGUCUCGAAACGGAACCCAUUGUGCAAAGCAUUCUUCCAACGACCACGAGACCACUGCUGCGCAAGCGACAUAACAUGGUAUGAGAACAAAGCCAUUGGUAAAAACCUGCUUGGCACGAGGAUGCAGAUGCUGUCGCGUGCAGCCAAACUGUCAAAGACCUACACCAACCACUGCAUCGGCGCCGUCUCCAUAGCAACGCUCAACAGCAUUGCCGGUAUAGGGUCAAAGUUGGUGUCGCUUCAGAUUGCCUCCGAAACAGUCAAUGGUGGCGUGCAGUCUCAUCUCCAGCUCGUGAUCCCGUACAUCCAACAGGUCACAGACACAGUGGAACUGAAGCCGCAGAGAACAACAAGGAAAGCUCGUGCUCUCUGCGGUUUUUCGGGACCUCCUUCUCCUAAGAAGCUCUGUGUGCGUCCCGGAGAACGCGCAAUGUCCCCUGUGGUCAUAGUGGACGGUACAGAGCCCGUGGACAUCCAACCCCAGGAGCCCCACCGUCAGCAAUCCGCUCCUUUACUGACUGACGUGGUAUCCGCGCAGGUGCUUUAUAUUCUUCUUUUUCUUCUUGUCUCCCAGGAUAGCCGUAAUAGCAGCAUGGCCAGUAGGCCGCUGGUCUCCCAGUCCCCUGCCUCUCCACUGGGCUCUGGGGGUAUCGGGGGCAUCCCCACCCCCGCCCAGCUCACAAAGACCAACGCCCCUGUACACAUAGAUGUAGGAGGACACAUGUACACCAGCAGCCUGGCUACACUCACCAAGUACCCCGAGUCACGGAUUGGUCGUCUAUUCAACGGGACAGAGCCCAUAGUGUUAGAUAGUCUGAAGCAGCACUACUUCAUAGACCGAGACGGCCACAUGUUCCGCUACAUCCUCAACUUCCUGCGGACGGCCAAACUGCUCCUCCCUGACGACUUCAAAGAGUACUCUCUACUCUGUGAGGAGGCCAGGUUCUUCCAGCUAUCCCCACUACAAGCAGAAUUAGAACGCUGGAGGAGUGAGCGCGAGGCCAGGAGUGUGUGGCGUGUGUGUGAGUGUGUGGUGGUGCGUGUAGCUCCAGAGCUGGGGGAGAGGAUCACUCUGAGUGGAGACAGGGCUUUGAUCGAGGACGUGUUUCCAGAGGUCGGGGACGUCAUGUGUAACUCCAUGAACGCAGGCUGGAAUCAUGACUCUACUCACGUCAUACGCUUUCCACUGAAUGGAUACUGUCACCUCAACUCUGUACAGGUAUUGGAGAGGUUGCAGCAGAGAGGGUUCGAGAUAGCAGGGGCAUGUGGUGGAGGAGUAGACUCCUCCCAUUUCAGCGAGUACGUCCUACGCAGGGAGGGGAGGAGCAACGGAGAGCGUGGCCCCACCCUCAUCUGCAUCAAACAGGAAGCACUGGACUAA